AUGGAAAAUUUAUAUGAAAGUAUUUUUGAUAUAUCACAAAUUAGCAAGACUAUUGAAAAACAAAAUGAAGAAAUAAAGAAUUUGAUAGAAAAGGUUAUUAUAGCACCAAAUCUUAACAAUGCUCCUAAUAAAAUAAGACAUCAUUGGCUAGUUGAAAUUGCAAAACAAAAUGACAAUAUAAAAGAUAUUAACUAUAGUAAUAAUGAAAGUAUAUCAUCAAUCUCUUUAAUAAGAUUUAAAUUAACAUGUUUAUAUCCUAAAUCUUUUGAAUUCAUAUUCAAUGAAAAAAUUAAUAAAAUUAACAAAGCUUUAUUUAAACUAGGGUAUACUUCUUCUAAAAGAGUUACAUUAGCUAAACAAUUGCUUGAUGAGGUGGCUGCUCACAUAACUGUACAAACUAACAAUUUACUUGAUAAAGAGCAUAACUUAACUUUAGAUAAAGAAUGUUAUAUAAAGUAUUAUUAA